GGUGGGUAGUGGCCUGGGGGGGAGGUAGAACCGUUGGUUGCCGGGUCCAUUCAUCGCCGCCGCGUCCCCGCCGCCAUGGAGGCGCUGAUCCCCGUGAUCAACAAGCUGCAGGACGUGUUCAACGCCGUGGGGGCCGACAUCAUCCAGCUGCCGCAGAUCGUGGUGGUGGGGACGCAGAGCAGUGGCAAGAGUUCAGUGCUGGAAAGUCUUGUGGGGAGGGAUCUGCUCCCAAGAGGUACUGGAAUUAUCACCCGGAGACCCCUUAUUCUGCAGCUGGUGCAUGUUUCACCAGAGGAUCGUCGGAAAACAUCUGGAGAUGAAAAUGACCCUGCUACAUGGAAAAAUCCAAGACACCUUACUAAAGGGAUUGAUGCUGAAGAAUGGGGUAAAUUCCUUCACACCAAAAAUAAGCUCUAUACAGACUUUGAUGAAAUUCGACAAGAAAUAGAAAAUGAAACAGAGAGGAUUUCAGGAAAUAAUAAGGGGAUCAGUCCUGAACCUAUUCACCUUAAAAUUUUUUCACCGAAUGUUGUCAAUCUGACUCUUGUGGAUUUGCCAGGAAUGACAAAGGUACCUGUGGGUGAUCAGCCUAAGGACAUUGAACUUCAAAUCAGAGAACUAAUCCUUCGAUUCAUUAGUAACCCAAAUUCAAUUAUUCUGGCAGUCACAGCUGCCAACACAGACAUGGCUACGUCAGAGGCACUUAAAAUUGCACGGGAGGUAGAUCCAGAUGGUCGAAGAACGCUUGCUGUUAUCACAAAGCUGGAUCUCAUGGAUGCUGGCACUGAUGCUAUGGAUGUACUUAUGGGAAGAGUGAUUCCAGUUAAACUUGGCAUAAUUGGGAUAGUGAACAGGAGUCAAUUAGAUAUUAACAAUAAGAAGAAUGUAGCUGAUUCUAUCCGUGAUGAAUAUGCUUUUCUUCAAAAGAAGUAUCCAUCUCUAGCCAACCGAAAUGGAACCAAGUAUCUCGCUAGGACACUUAACAGGUUACUAAUGCAUCAUAUCAGAGAUUGCUUGCCAGAACUGAAAACUAGAAUAAAUGUUUUAGCUGCUCAGUAUCAGUCUCUGCUGAACAGCUAUGGGGAACCCGUAGAGGACAAGAGUGCCACUUUAUUGCAGCUGAUUACCAAGUUUGCCACUGAAUAUUGCAACACCAUUGAAGGAACAGCAAAAUAUAUAGAAACUUCUGAGCUAUGUGGUGGAGCUAGAAUUUGCUACAUUUUUCAUGAGACAUUUGGACGAACCUUAGAAUCUGUUGAUCCACUAGGUGGCCUUAACACUAUAGAUAUUUUGACUGCUAUUAGAAAUGCUACAGGACCCCGACCUGCCUUGUUCGUGCCUGAAGUUUCAUUUGAAUUGUUGGUGAAGAGGCAAAUCAAACGUUUAGAGGAGCCCAGCUUGCGCUGUGUGGAGCUGGUUCAUGAGGAAAUGCAGAGGAUUAUCCAACAUUGUAGCAAUUACAGUACACAGGAAUUGCUGAGGUUUCCCAAACUACAUGAUGCCAUAGUUGAAGUAGUGACCAGUCUUCUGCGUAAGAGGCUACCAGUUACAAAUGAAAUGGUUCAUAAUUUGGUGGCCAUUGAGUUAGCUUAUAUCAACACGAAACACCCAGACUUUGCUGAUGCCUGUGGGCUAAUAAACAAUAACAUAGAGGAGCAAAGGCGUAACAGGUUAGCCCGAGAAUUGCCUUCUGCUGUGUCACGAGACAAGGCUGCUCCUGGGGUGGGAGAUGUGACACAAGAACCUGGAACAGGCAACUGGAGAGGAAUGCUGAAACCCUCAAAAGCCGAAGAGCUAUUAAUGGAAGAAAAAUCUAAACCAGUUACAGUCCUACCUGCCAGUCCUCAAAAAGGCCAUGCUGUAAACCUGUUGGAUGUGCCUGUUCCUGUUGCACGCAGACUCUCUUCCCGUGAGCAACGAGACUGCGAAGUGAUUGAACGACUUAUCAAAUCCUACUUCCUUAUUGUCAGGAAGAACAUUCAGGACAGUGUGCCAAAGGCGGUGAUGCAUUUUCUGGUGAAUCAUGUGAAAGACACUCUUCAGAGCGAGCUAGUUGGACAGCUAUACAAAUCCUUGUUGUUAGAUGACCUUCUGACAGAAUCUGAGGACAUGGCACAGCGCAGAAAGGAGGCAGCUGACAUGUUAAAGGCAUUGCAGCGAGCCAGUCAGAUUAUUGCUGAGAUUCGAGAGACGCAUCUUUGGUGAAGGUUAUCUCUACCCGCCACACUGUUUAUAUGGGUGGAGAAUCCUGAUGACUUGAAAAUUUGCUAAGCAUUGUAUACUUGGUAGAAUUUUAUUUAUGAACUCUUAUCUGUGUACUGCAACUAUGUGUAAAUUUGCUCAUGUAAAGACAGUUGGUUUGGCUUACAGACAGAAAAGUAUGCUGUACUUUGCAAAACAAGUCAUAUUUAAUCCACAUAAUAAAUGGCUCUAAAUGUUUCCUUACCAGUUAUCUGGUGCAAAUAAAACAGACCAAGUUUACUGUCCUGUGACAGUCUCAUUUAAACUUAGGCAGAACCAUUAAAGUUCCAGUGCCUGGCUUGCUAAACAGGUUGCCUAUGGGUUAGAUGGACAGUGUAGUCUUGUUGCAUAGUUUUAAGCUGCUUUUAUAAUAGAGGUUUAAAUACCAUGAAGAUGAGAAAGCACCAGGUAUUCUUUCACGAGUAUACUGCAUGCACCAUGGCAAAUGGAGACCUGAAUUUGAUAGCUGGCACAGUAAAAAUGUCUUCUAUAUAAGUACGUGUGCACCCAUUUUUUUCAGAAUUUUAAAAGAAAGCAGCAUUAUAAAACAAAUUUUUGAACUGGAUAAAUGAAUUUCACUUUAGGUGAAUUAGCCUGGAACUUUAAAAAACAAACAGGAGGACGUACUAAAGAAUUGGUGCAAACCAAUGAAUGUGCACCAGAGUUUGCAUUUCAUUGUUGGGGAUGAUAAUCAAGUGCAAGGACCCCUUUUCCCCCUCUGGGACCAAACCUCUGGACCAUCCACUAGCAAAAUUGUUCUCAUAGAAUUUAAAAAUA